AUGCCUUGUCGAGAUGUUGAAUUCAAAACCUCUGACCAGCUUACUCUUCGAGGUUGGUUUUUCACUCCCAGCUCCUUCAGUGGAAAGCUACCUUGUCUGGUCAUGGCGCACGGAUUUGCAGCCCAUAAAGAAUACAGUCUAGCUAAUUUUGCGGAAUAUUUUACAUCGAACUUGCCUGUCGCUGUACUUGUUUACGAUCAUCGUUGCCUCGGCGCUAGUGAUGGCGAACCAAGGCGGGAAAUCAUCCCAUUUUUACAAAUAAGCGAUUAUUCUGAGGCUAUUACGUUUGCACAACUCCAGCCAGAGAUUGACGCCGGGAAUAUUGCUAUCUGGGGCAGUUCAUACAGUGGAGGUCACGUUCUCACUGUUGGCGCUGUCGAUCGUCGAGUUAAAGCUGUUAUUAGUCAGGUCCUCGAGGCCUUCCGAGCAUAUGAACCUUCGGCCUUUGUUGAGCGUAUCUGUCCUACUCCGCUGUUAAUGGUGGUGAUGGACAAUGAUGUUGUCACGCCUACCGACCUUGCACUUGGUGCCUUCGCACGAGCAAAAGAGCCAAAGCAAUUACACAUGCUCCCAGGUGGACAUUUUGACCCAUAUGACGGGCACCUCUUCGAUGAAAAUGCUCCGGUACAGGUCAAGUUUCUGAAAGAUCAUCUUCUGAAGUAG